AAAGGAACAAAACAAUGAAAACGAGACUGCGAAAAGGAGGGGGCAGGAAAAAAAGCGAAACCACUUUGCUCUUCUCCUCCCACUUCUCCUUCCCCCUUAACCGUGUUUUAGUGAAUGGGUAUUUAUACCGGCGCGUGCGAUCGCCCGCUCCUCAUUCAAAAAGUCAUCCUCAUCCGCUGCAUGCGCGUUUUCCGAUUUUUCCCUGAGCGCGAGGACUUCUGGGCUGAUUAAAGGGGAAAAGAAAGAAAAACAAAAAAAGUCGGCGGCGAAUCAACAAGUGGCAGUGAAGUGACCUCGCCCGGUUCGGGCAACCAUGCCUCUCUUUGCGGUAGUUUCGCUGUGCCGGCCGAGCGUCAGACCGAGUCAAGUUCGAUGCGGAGUCGGUCGGACCACGACGAGCGGUCGACGCUGAGACGUCGCGGCUAUUUUUUUCCGCUCGUGGUAUUUGGCAAGGGGCGAUUUUCCAGACAUAUACGAGAUGAUACCCCAGUGAUAUUUGGAUAUCUAUUCUACUUAUUGCCCAUCGUCGCGAUUUAUUUUUUCAUCCGUGAAAAAAACUAAUGCAUUUUAUCGCUGAUGCCCCAUCGCAGCGCGCUCUCGAGUUUCGUCUCAUCGGCCAAGCCUUGUCGUUUUCCUUUGUUACAGAGCUCGCCCCUUCCUGUCAGAGGACUCGCCAACACACCAUCUUCCUCCGGUUGCUCCUGCUGUUCCUGGCCAUGUGUCCGGCGUCUGCCCGGCCUUUGCCCACAACCACACGCAAGCCACGCUGGAUCAACCCCUGCGAUCUACAGGGACAGGUGUACGAUCCGGAGACGGACGUGAAAGGCGAACACGACAUGGCGCAGAUAUAUUCCUUCGUCAAGGAGAGCGCGCGCAUAGCGAAGCAGCACGCAUCGAACGUCAAGGAAAAUUUCUUGAAGUUCUAUUAUUACGAUUCAGAUUAUGUGAGUGGCACACAAGAUCUGAACCAAAACUGGUUGCCAAAGAUUCCACCUACAAACAUGAGUGUCUUCCGAGCCAUUACAGCCAUCACACUGGACAAUAUUUCGGAAAACUUGGAACUAGCUUGGACCUCUCGAAGACCCAGCUUGGUUGCCAAUCAAAAGACGAAAAAUACCUCGAAGGAGGAAGCCUUCCUCAAGUCGUUCGAGUUCCUGCAGUUCUUUGCGGUGGGCAUCGAGCGCAUUAUCUUGGACCAGUUGUUCCAUGGUGGACAGUUCGUCAACGCCUUCCGUGAAGUCGAGAAUCAUCUGACACAACUACUGUGCGAACUCCAGCUGGGCCUCAGCUCCCUCAACGUGCGACCUUCGCGCGACGUGCUGCGUGAUGUUAUGAAUGAAAAAUACCGAGACGUACCCUCUCAUUCCCAGCGCGUUACUCGGGAUUAUAUAAUCCUGCGGGAUUAUAUCGUCGCCACGGACUUUGUUGAGAAACUUUUUGAGUACAGGCUCGAUCGGACGUUAUAACGUGGGAAGAUAUGUAAUAUCCAAUGCUGUGAUCUUUUAUUUAUAUUUUAAUUUAUUUUUUUAAUCCUAUGGACUCUUCUGGGCGAUCAUCAUCUUUUUUAUUUUUUAAAAAAUUUUAAGACAUUUAUUUUUGUUUAUACAUUUUCCCUUCUCUUAGAAAAGCAUAAAGGAAGCUCGAUUUUAAUCAAGAUGUCUCCUGACAGUCCACUUGAUUCAUGAUUAAUCGAUGAUAGUUUCGAAAAUGCAUCAGUUAAAGUCGGUAAAUAAAUGAACUACAUUACAAGUUGUGGAUCAAAAAUUAUUUUGAUUCAAAAAUUUAUCUAUGCUUCCAAGGAAAAAGUAUUGGAUGAUGAAUUUUCUGAAUUCCUAUCUAAUUCUUCUCCACAGAGGUUGAAGAGUUUCGCAGAAGGGCAAAAGAAUGUGUGAAGUUAGAUUUUUCACUGAAAAAGAAAUCGUUUAAGAAACGGGUAUUUUUCUAUGAAUAUGCUUGUUAUAUAUAACCAACAGUGUCAUAAAGAAGAUGAAAUUAAAAAAAAUAACUAAGUUUAUAGAUCUUUGGUAAAUUGAAGUUAAAUCUCCAAAAGCUAUUCUAAUUAAAAUGCUAACAACUGAAACGGAAUGUGGACAUCUCAACGGCAAGAAACUUUAAGAAUUUUACCCUUCAUCCAAACAUUUUGCCAAUUUUCACCUUGCCAUUCAAUGAACUAGUGAUUUCGUAUAUGUGCCAGUGGAACACUUUUCAGAUCUUUCUUGCUGGGGACUCACUGGAAAAUUUUAAACAUCUUAAUCUUAAGAGUAUUCCUGUACUAUAUAGGUGUUCUGUUUUGUGAUGAUUCUAUGUGUCCAAAAAAUGUUGAACUAAAGACUGCAGUGAAAUAUUGUCUGCAACAGGUGGAAAAAUGGAAAGUAAAGAUUUCCACCAUUUUCUGUUACCGCUGUGCAAUCCGUAUCUCGGAAAAAAAAACAAUGAUGCUUCUAUAUCUCGCACUGCAACAAGUGAAAAACAUUUUGUUGAAAACUGUGUCCGGACGUUUUCUUUUUCCUUCACUGAACUCAAUCAUUUGCUGAAGAAUGUCUUAUUUAUUUAUUUAUUUUUUAUUUGUAAUACCUCCUCACAAGUGAAUAUUACUUUCUCCAUAUGGAUGGGUGAACACUCGUCAACAGUUAUACUCAAGGAAGCGUAAUGUACUCGAAUGGCAAUGAAUCAGCUUUUGAGUUUUUAAAAGUUAUUUCUCUGAAGUUUAUCGUGUUCCUAAAGGGCCAGGCCCAGUUGAAGUUUGCAUAUUUUACUUUUGAUUGACGUUUUGCUGAAUGUUAAAAAAUUUUAAACUUUUAAUGCCAAUUUUGAAGUUUAAAUAAUUCAUGAUUUUAGGCUUUUUACUUAACGAUUGCAUAUUCAUUCGCAUUCUGCGAUUUCAUUUUUGCAUUUAAAAUAUUGAACGUUCAUUCAUUAAAAUUUUUUUAAAUUAUUUUAAGAGCUUAAUAGCAAUUCACUUAUUAAUUUAGCAUUUAAAAAAUUGUAUUAAUUUAUAAACGUUUUAAACUUUUUAAUGUGGUUACGUGUAUAUUUUGUAUUUAAUUUUUUUAAUUGUUAGAUUAUUUAAAAUGUAUUAGAAGAAACUUCGAAAUGUGUAUUUUUUAAGCUUUAAUUUUUGGAUUGAGAUUCAUCCCACCCAGUGACGUGUUCAGUCAAACUUCUUUAUAAAGUAGAAACGCCAUAAUUUUUUAAACUAGAAAUGCUCUUUAUUUACCUUUUUUUUUAAUUAUUAUUAUUAUUACAUGUUCAAAGUGUACUUUUUUAAUAUUUUAAUUUGUAUUGUCCCUUUUUUAUGUGCCCUGUUUUCAAAAACAUUUUUGUGAAAUUUAAGUUAAGAAUACUUCUACUUAAUUCCGGGUUUUUUUUUUUAAAUAUAUUUUACAAGUCUCGUAAAAAUGAACAGAAAGCUUGUCUAAAUUUUGUAGAGAAUAAUUUUAUUCCAAAAUGCAUAAAUACCUAUUGAGCAAAAAUUUCAGAAUUUUUUUCGAUCACUACAGUGUUACUCCCACUUACUUAAUUUUGUAUACUUUUUUAAUUUUUCUAUCAAAUUUGUAUUUUACAAUAUAUUUAUCUGUACAUAUUUGUGUGUAUGCAUGUGAUUGUAUGAAUUCUAAGCAGGGUCGGCACUAGACUUUUUGCCGUCCGGUGCAAAUUUCGCGACUCCAAAAUUCUGCGCCAGAUUCCUUUCUAAAAUCUAAAGAUUUUGCCGCUAUUAAUUCUACCGCCCGGUGCGGUCGCAUCGGUUGCACACGGUCUGGCGCCGGCCCUAACUGUAAGAAACAAUUCUCGAUCAAAAGCUAGCAGACAGUGAAUUAAGAACAUUUAAUAUGUCACAAGAACAGGUCAAUGAAAUCGCAGCAAGAAAGUCAUUGUAAUUUGUUAUAAAAUUCGAAGAAUAUGAUCAGCAAAAUUUUUGCUGCAUUAUAUUUUGACUGAGAGUCUCAAAAAACACAAUAACAGCCCAGGAUUCAAUAUUACAUUUUCAUUUUUCGGGUAGCAUCUUUUUUUCAAUUAAUCUUCUAAAUGAAGACAAUUUAUAACUAAUACAUAUUUGAUUUCAUCUCUCUGUCUUUUUAAACUCAAACUCAUAAUAUGUUCUUAAUUCCAUGUCCUCGUUUUUUCAAGAGAGUCUGGCUGUGUAAAUAGAAUCGUCUGCCAGAUGUAUGGAUGAUGUGAAAAAAUGGACGUGAUUUCUGUGUUAAUAAUUUUCUCAUCGUGGUUCCUAUCUGUUUAAUUUAAAAAUUCGAGGUAUGUUGUAAUAUGAAAAUGUAUCGUGGUGCUAAUGUCGUUGAAAGCUAUUUUUGUGAAUAAAUGCAAUUUUUAGCCAUGA